AUGUUGGAAGAUAGUAGUACUCUCACUUUCCAACCCGGGCCUGGCAGGGUGGCUCCCGCAAAGAAGGAUGGAGACAAGAAGGGCCCUUCUGCCAUCAACGAGGUAGUAACCAGAGACUACACCAUCAACAUUCACAAGCGCAUCCAUGGAGUGGGUUUGAAGAAGCAUGCCCCUCGGGCACUCAAAGAGAUCCGGAAAUUUGCUAUGAAGGAGACGGGAACCCCAGAUGCGCGCAUCGACACCAGGCUCAACAAAGCUGUCUGGGCCAAAGGAACAAGGAAUGUUCCAUACCGCAUCCACGUGCGGUUGACCAGAAAACGUAACAAGGAUGAGGAUUCACCAAACAAGCUCUGUACGUUGGUUACCUAUGUACCUGUCACCACUUUCAAAAAUCUACAGACUGUUAACCCCUGUGCAUUUUUGCACCUCAACCAUCACUUCCUCAAGGAAGCUGGGGACCACACCAACGGGGUCCAGCUGACCAGACCAGUUCUCACAGGCAGAGACUGCGUGGAUCUGUGCUCCUCUGUAUUCCUAGAUUAUGAGGACCAGGCCAGCAUCAGAUCUGGUAGAGCCAUGGAUGCUGUGCCCCCGAGAUACCGGAUCCCCUCUCUGCACAUUGUCCUGCCAAUCCCGACCUGCCCUCUGCAACCUCAGUGUUGCAGUUGCUGCGAGGAGAAGUAG